CGCCUUCCAGGUAGACGAGAGCAAAUGGUCAGCCUCGAGCCGGGGAUUAUGUCACUGGUGCCGAGGCAGGAGCUCCGAAAAGCUGCCUGGCGGGGCUGAUUGACAGCCCGGCCGGGAAGGCAAGGCUAUAAAAGGCGGCAGCCGCCCGCCGAAAGCUACUGGAGAGGAGCCGAGCCGCUGCUGCCCCGCGCAGGGAGCCCGCCGCUUGUGGCCCCUGCCUCGUCCCCGGUGGCUCCCACUCGCGCUCCCCGUUGGAUUUGAUUGGGGGCUUUCCAAAGGGCAAGAGCAUCCCUGCAGCCUUGCAUGCCAGACCUGCAUUUUGCAUUUUGGCUUCUAUUCUACCCAUGAGAGCACAUAAUUCACCAGCAGACUCCCUAUAUGCAUGAAGAGGGGUGUUUGUGCCCGAAAGCUUGCAAAGAACAAUUUUUCCAACUAUUUAGCUGGUCUAAUAGAAGAUAUCACACCUACCCAAAGAACCUUGGCUGCCUAUGUCCUUAGACCAACACGGCUACAACCAACACCCCCAAUCACAAGAGUUAUGCUACUGAGGAGCAGCCUGUUGUGGCUAACCUUCUUGUUGACUCUGUGGGCUACUUCAAAUGCUCAAGAUGGUGACAAGGAAGAGGAGACUACAUUUGACUUGCUUCAAAUCAGUAACAUAAACCGAAAGACAAUUGGAGCAAAAGUAUUUCGGGGUCCAAAUCCCACUACCCCAGCAUAUCGUUUCAUUCGAUUUGACCACAUACCUCCAGUGAAUCCAGAGAAAUUAAAGCAGAUUAUCAAGCUCUUACGGAAAAAUGAGGGCUUUAUUCUUUCAGCCACCCUGAGGCAGGACAGGCAAUCUAGAGGCACCAUCAUUGCUUUAGAAGGUCCUGGCACCACCCAGAGGCAGUUUGAGAUUAUUUCCAAUGGCCGAGCCAACACUCUGGACCUCAUCUAUUGGGUGGAUGGCUCCCAGAAUGUGAUUUCUUUGGAAGAUGUGGACCUAGCAGACUCACAGUGGAAGAACCUCACAGUUCAAGUAACAGGAGAGACCUACAACCUCUAUGUUGGCUGUGACCUUAUUGACAGCUUUAUCCUGGAGGAGCCUUUCUAUGAGCAGCUAAAAGCAGAGAACAGUAGAAUGUAUGUGACAAAAGGGUCCAUUCGAGAGAAUCACUUCAGGGGUCUCCUUCAAAAUGUUAAUUUAAUAUUUGACAUUUCCUUAGAAGAGGUUCUACGUAAAAAAGGAUGCCAGAGGAGCCAGACAAUUGAAGUGAACACCAUCAAUGAGAGUACUGAGAUCCUUCACCUCAGCCCUGCUGUCACAACUGAGUACGUUGGUGAAAAAACAGAGAAGAAGGCUGAGUUCUGUGACCGUUCCUGUGAAGAGCUGGGGACUAUGUUCACUGAGCUCACUGGGUUGCGCGUUGUUGUUAACAACUUAGUUGAUAACCUUCAGAAAGUGUCUGAGGAGAACCAAAUCAUGUGGGAAUUGAUUGGGCCUAACAAAACUCUCAAGAACCAAUCGGUCUGCUGGCAGGAUGGCCGCGUGUUUGCAGAUAAUGAAAUCUGGACGGUGGAUAGCUGUACCAAAUGUACUUGCCAGAAUUCUAAAAUUGUGUGCCAUCAAAUCACCUGCCCAGCAGUGUCUUGUGCCAAUCCAUCAUUUAUUGAAGGUGAAUGCUGUCCUGUCUGCUCUCAGUCUGAAGACAGUGAAGAAGGCUGGUCUCCAUGGUCAGACUGGACCAAAUGCUCAGUGACAUGUGGCUCAGGAACUCAGAUGCGAGGCAGGUCAUGUGAUGUCACCAGGAGUUCUUGCACUGGCCCACACAUCCAGACAAGAAUGUGUAGCUUCAAAAAAUGCGAGCAUCGCAUACGUCAAGAUGGUGGCUGGAGUCAUUGGUCUCCUUGGUCUUCUUGUUCCGUGACCUGUGGAAUAGGCAACAUAACCCGCAUCCGUCUCUGCAAUUCUCCCAUCCCACAGAUGGGUGGGAAAAACUGUGAAGGAAAGGGCCGUGAAACAGAGAAAUGUGAGAAAGUCCCAUGUCCAAUUAAUGGUCAGUGGGGUCCAUGGUCUCCAUGGUCUGCUUGCACAGUUAGCUGUGGAGGUGGGAUCCACGAGAGGUCUCGGCUUUGUAACAGCCCUGAGCCCCAGUAUGGAGGAAAACCAUGUGUGGGAGAUGUCAAGCAACAUGAUAUAUGUAAUAAGAAAGAUUGCCCAAUUGAUGGGUGUUUAUCGAAUCCUUGCUUUCCUGGAGCGGAGUGUAACAGUUACCCUGAUGGGUCUUGGUCAUGUGGGGCUUGUCCUUCUGGAUACCUUGGUAAUGGAACAGUCUGUGAGGAUCUUGAUGAGUGCAUAGCUGUGCCAGAUGUGUGCUUUAAGGUCAAUCAGGCCCAUCGCUGUGUGAAUACAAAUCCAGGUUUUCAUUGCCUGCCAUGCCCUCCACGGUACAAGGGAACUCAACCUUUUGGAGUGGGUCUGGAGGUUGCUAAGGCAGAAAAACAGGUGUGUGAACCUGAAAAUCCAUGCAAAGACAAGACACACCAAUGCCACAAAUCUGCAGAGUGCAUCUACCUGGGCCAUUUCAGUGACCCUAUGUACAAGUGUGAAUGUAGAACAGGAUAUGCUGGUGAUGGGCGAAUCUGUGGUGAAGAUUCUGAUUUGGAUGGUUGGCCCAAUAAAAACCUAGUCUGUGCUGCUAAUGCUACCUACCAUUGCAUGAAGGAUAACUGCCCUCUUCUGCCUAACUCUGGACAGGAAGACUUUGAUAAGGAUGGCAAAGGAGAUGCCUGUGAUGAAGACGAUGACAAUGAUGGUGUAGAGGACGACAAAGACAACUGUCCUCUUCUGUUCAACCCACGUCAAUUUGAUUAUGACAAGGAUGAAGUUGGUGACCGCUGUGAUAACUGUCCCUAUGUGCAUAAUCCUGCUCAGAUUGAUACAGAUAAUAAUGGCGAGGGUGAUGCUUGUGCUGUGGAUAUUGACGGAGAUGAUAUUUUUAAUGAACGAGAUAAUUGUCCAUAUGUCUACAACACAGACCAGCGGGAUACAGAUGGUGAUGGAGUUGGAGAUCACUGUGAUAACUGUCCACUGAUGCACAAUCCUGAUCAGACUGACACGGAUAAUGAUCUGGUUGGUGACCAGUGUGACAACAAUGAAGAUAUUGAUGAAGAUGGUCACCAGAACAACCAAGAUAAUUGUCCCUAUAUCCCUAAUGCUAAUCAGGCUGAUCAUGAUAAGGAUGGCAAAGGGGAUGCUUGUGAUUCUGAUGAUGACAAUGAUGGCGUUCCUGAUGACAGGGACAAUUGUCGUCUCAGGUUCAACCCUGACCAGGAGGACUCUGAUGGUGAUGGCAGAGGUGAUAUCUGCAAAGAUGACUUUGACAAUGACAGCAUCCCAGAUAUUUAUGAUGUGUGCCCUGAAAAUUAUGACAUCAGUGAAACUGAUUUCAGAAAGUUUCAAAUGGUCCCCCUGGAUCCCAAGGGUACAGCUCAGAUUGACCCCAACUGGGUUAUUCGCCACCAGGGCAAAGAACUGGUUCAAACCGCCAAUUCUGAUCCUGGCAUAGCUGUAGGUUAUGAUGAGUUCAGCUCUGUUGACUUCAGUGGCACCUUCUACGUUAAUACAGACCGUGAUGAUGAUUAUGCUGGGUUUGUGUUUGGCUAUCAGUCAAGCAGUCGAUUUUAUGUUUUGAUGUGGAAGCAAGUCACCCAGACCUAUUGGGAGGACAAGCCCACCAGGGCUUAUGGUUAUUCUGGCGUGUCACUGAAAGUAGUGAACUCCACGACUGGUGCUGGUGAGCACUUAAGAAAUGCUCUCUGGCACACAGGAAAUACACCUGGACAGGUUCGUACAUUGUGGCAUGACCCCAAGAACAUUGGCUGGAAAGAUUAUACUGCCUACAGGUGGCAUUUGAUUCACAGGCCUAAAACAGGUUUAAUAAGAGUUUCUGUGUAUGAGGGGAAACAGGUCAUGGUCGACUCUGGACCAAUCUAUGAUAUGACCUUUGCUGGUGGAAGAUUAGGCCUUUUUGUCUUCUCUCAAGAAAUGGUCUACUUCUCUGACCUCAAAUAUGAAUGCAAAGAUUUCUAAAAAAUGGGUGUUAUGUUACCAGCAAAGUACUGUAGAUGCUGUGCAACCUAGACACCUCAGCACAUUCUGGUACUCCCAAUUUCUGUCUUUGUGUACCUCCUCUUCCUCUGGCCUUCUGUUCAACCAACCUUAUACCUCCUGGUUGCCAGGCAUGGCUCAGCCAGUCCUAGACCAAAGUGCCUUCUCAGUACUAAGACUCAUGGGACCUAAAUGUGAGCGUCCAACCCACCACUGAAGCAAAAGCAGAUUGAUACAUUAGGACAUUUUGGUAGGGUGAAAACUUAGCAAGACUUGUUUGUUUGUUUAUUUUUUAAAAAAGGAAUGACGUUUACAUAUAAAGUGUAAUUACUUGAUGUAUUUAUAUAUAUAUGGAGGAAAGGGAGAUAAUGAAUAUCAUCCAUUGUCUUCAAAUAAGGAAAAAAGUGUUAAAACCACUUUUUAUAUGUAGGGUUGACACUUUGCUUGCUCUGAUCAGGGCUUGACUUCACUAACACACAGCCUCUGAGCCUAAUUUCAGCAAAAUAACAAAGGGACCAAACCGAGAACGUCUAUUCUAAUAAUGAAGAAGCCAUUGGAGAAUAAGAUGAAGGCCAUAUAUGAAGAUGGCUUGAUGCGAAAAGAUGUUCUUCAGAGGAUAAGGAUGCCUUAAGUCAGUGGCAUGCAACUCAUACAGCCCACUGCACAGAGCCAGGUCCACAUCAUCAGGCCCAUGGAACUGCUCAGGGGUCUGGAUAUUUGGUGUUAGGAUGAGUGGUGGCAACAUUAAUUGCUGUGGCUCUAGGAGCCACAGCAAUUAAUGCUGCCACUGCUCCAUACUGCCAUAUUUCUAGACUUUUAGGAAACCCCACGGGUCAGAUGGCAUGGACCAGAUAUGGCCUAUGGGCAGUAUCUUGGUCACCUCUGCUUUAACUAACAUCUUUUAAGAUUAUAGAUGGUAGAAACAUCAUAUUUGUAGUUCAAAGUAAUGUUGGCCUUGAAUAACAAUACAUGUUUUAUGUAUGGGUUCAGUCAGGACAAACUUGAGCUAGAAUUCAAAUUCCAGUGUAACAAAGAAGAACAAUUCAAAUAAGCUCUUAAAGGCAUCACCACUGUCAACAUGGCUUUCUCAAAACAGUUUCUAGUUGGCCAGUGCCAUCUUGCUUUUCAUAAUAAAAAUAUUUUAUGACAUCUGGAAUAAAUUGAACCUGAAUAACUUUCCCACCUCUGCUGCAAAAAGCACUUUGACAUCCUAAAUCCUCAUCUGGGUUUUUGAAAAGGUGGCAACAUUAGUGUUACCAAAUUUGGGAACAUAUGAAAUUAAGGUUCCAGUUAUACAUAUUUUGUUAAUCCUUAUUAUAGGUAUCACAUGCAGCUGCCUUAUCUGAUAAUUUAUUUUAAAGCAUGCCAUGCAAUGUGUUAGUAGUACUUUAGCGAAUGAUGCUAAAAGAAGCUGUUUAGAGCACAUAUCACCAUAUGUAGAUAUUGCAAAAGCAAUGUAUUCAUUUUUAAAUACAUCAUUUUAUGAGGUUAUAAUCAAGCAUGAUCUCCUGAUUAAAUGAAUAAUAAUGAAUAAAUUAUAAAUGGAACCUUAAUAUGCAUACUGUUACCUUAAUUUACAGUGUUACAUAUUGUUACCCAUGUCUGCUGUAUAUAGAACUUUUUAAAUAAUACUGAAGGCGUACCAGUGUUUAUUUUAAGCAGAUACAACAGUUACUUAUCUAUACAAUAGUAUAAACAUGUUUAACACUUUUGUUUGUUUAAGUUGUAUGAGCUUUGUUCAAAAACAAACACUUGAUGGUGUAAUUUUAUUCAUACAUGGGGUUUACUAAAAGCACCAUACCAUAUUUCUGCCAUUAUUGUAAGGCACUGUGACAUAAAUGCUGACUCAGUUUUUAAUUCCCUUUUGAGUAGAUUUUAUUGCUAUAUUCAUUAGAGAGAAUCCACAAUUUCUGGCUUUAUUGCACAUUUUAUAGUGUUCAUUUCAACAGUAUUUUAAAAAAUCCUCCCUGUGAGGCUUUUGAGUUUGUUGCAGUUCAUACUUUUGGUGUUUCAAAUUGUAUCUCCAAAUCCCAGUGAGAAUGUUGGGGGGAGAAUUCAUUAAAUGAAAUGACUGUAA